AUCUUGUCCGCCCCGUCCGUCCUGACGAACUCUCCCCGGCUCUGUCCGUAAGUUUGGGCGUUUUCUCCUCCUGCCGCCCGGUCCGGUCACAGUCAGCGGAUAUUUCGCCGUAGCAGCAGCACGCCAGAGUUUCCCGCUGGGUCUUUUUGUCUCCGGUGUGUAGCCGUGGUUAUUUUUUGAACAGCCCCCGGGAGAAGCAGACUUUCCAGCGGACCGCUAAACUCCGCCGACAGCGUCCAUGCUGAUCCCCACACAGGGAGCGCGGUCGUGGCUGAUCUGGGAUGAGCCUGGUGGAGUUUAGGCUUCAGGACUCUGCGAGUGUCCGGAGGAGGCUGCUGUCUGCGGUCAUGAAGCUGCCCUGCUCCCUGUACUGCUCCCUGUGGUUCCUCCUGCUGCUGGGAGCCGGCUCUCUGCUGCUGCUGGUCCACCUGCAGGAUCUCACCGAGACCCUCCAGCAGCAGAUCCCAGGCGUGAACGUGCUGGUGGCUCCCAGGUGGCCCGUGGAGAAGGAUGUGGUGAUGGACAGCGCGGCCGCAGAGCGGAGCGAAGCCGUUGACGCGGCGAGGUCGGAGGUCUCUGGCGCUGACCCCAGACUGCAGCGUCCGUCUCUCUCUCUGUAUUCUGACUCGUCUCCGUCCGCGUCUGUGGACUCUUCGGUUGGACCUGAACAGCCGGUCACCAAGCGCCACAGGAAGCUGCUUCUGAAGAGCAGCGCUGCAGCUUCCAGCGCCCCCGGAGGUGGAGAGGUCGAGCAGCAGCUGAAGCUGGCGAGAACGCAGGAGUCCCGCCGCCGCCUCCUGAGCGAGGUCUGUGCCAAAUACCAGCCGGGCGUCACCGAGCAGCCGGUCUCUCAGCGGCAGGUGUCGCGGGUUUACGUGGAGGACCGGUCUCGGCUGCUGUACUGUGAGGUGCCCAAGGCUGGCUGCUCCAACUGGAAGCGGGUGCUGAUGGUGCUGGGCGGCAGCGCCGCUUCCACGAGAGACAUUCCUCAUGACGCGGCUCAUUACGCCAACCGCCUGCUGCGGUUAGAGAGCUACGACCGUGUUGGCAUCGCCGAGAGACUCCGCUCCUACACCAAAGUGCUGUUCGUCAGGGAGCCCUUUGAGCGCCUGGUGUCGGCCUUUCGGGACAAGUUCGAGAGUCCGAACUCGUACUACCAUCCCGUGUUCGGACGCCCCAUCAUCUCCAGAUACCGUGCCAACGCCACACGCACUGCGCUGCGCACCGGCGCCGGUGUCACCUUCAGGGAGUUCGUCCAGUACCUGCUGGAUGUGCGUCGGCCGGUGGGAAUGGACAUUCACUGGGAGCCGGUCAGUCAGCUGUGUAACCCCUGCCUCCUGAGAUAUGACUUCAUCGGGAAGUUUGAGAGUCUGGAAGAAGAAGCCAACUUCCUGCUGCAGAGCGUGGGGGCACCCAGGAACCUCACCUUCCCCGAUUUCAAAGACAGGAACCCCCGGGCUGAAAGGACGUCCUCCAAAAUCACUCAGAAAUACUUCUCACAGCUCAACGCCACGGAGCGGCAGAAAGCCUUCGACUUCUACUACAUGGAUUACCUGAUGUUUAACUACCCCAAACCCUUCAAAGGCCUGCACUGAGCCGUCACAGGCUCCCAGUGACGCCGCGGCUGCCAUGUUGAACACGGCGGAACCUUUACACUGGUUUUAAAUGCUGCACAUCACUGAGACUGAUGUUUCUGGGUCCAGAUGUUUUUCAGGGUGGUCCUGUGGGUUUAAAUACGCACUGAGCUGAUUUCACUGCUUUGUUUGUCGAACUCUUUUAAACAGGAGGCCUGAGUUUUGAUUUUUCUGUCUGUUAAAGAAAUAAACCGAGGGUCGUUACGGAAACUAACGCCUGAACAUCAGCUCUGGUCCACAGCGUCCGUCUGACGCCCGCUGCCUGUUUCUGCUGCAGAUUUCAUCAUGAGUCAUACAUCAGCUCCGUAUCAACACACGUUCUCGGUCCGAGGUGAUGAUGAUUAAAUCUGUCAGUCGA